AUGCCAGAAACAUCCAUUUCUCCUCCGGCCGUCACACGCCCAAGCAAACCAGUUUCAGAAGCUCUUCUGAACGAAAAGUGGGAUCACUGUCUUUCCUCAUUGCUCAUACGGUCCUCGGUCGGACUCGGAUUUGGUGUUGUCGCCUCGGUUUUGAUAUUCAAGCGAAGAGCAUGGCCUGCGUUUGUUGGUGUUGGAUUCGGUGCCGGAAGAGCUUAUGAGGAGUGUAACAGCUCAUUUAGAAGGGUGGGAAAGGACGGAAUUAGGGUGCAAAGACCUUGA